GCCGUUCCACACCUUCUAAAAGCCGCCACCUUCCCCCCGAAUAACGUUCUCGUGAACCCAAAAAGGUCCACCGAAAAUUUCUCAUUCUUCCCAAAAAGGGCAUCAGGGGCAUUCCGGGAACCCUCACCUAACUUCCUCUCCCCCAUUUCCCGCUUACUAUAAUACGCCACCAAACUUCACCUAUUUCUCUUCGUCAAAUAUCGCUCCUACAUUUUUGUUACGAUUCCGAGAAGGAAAAAAAAAACAGUUUUUUGUAGUUUUCUCAGGGUUUUAGAAUUAUUAACCCUAGUUUUUAUCGCCGCUGAUCCCCUCGUUUCAAUCGCCGCUACAUCUUCAAAAGAAUCGCUCUUUAGCCCUAAUCGGAAUCAAGAGGAAGAUGAUCAGCUCAAUCAAGCAAUCUCCGGCCUCCGUCGCCGUCUCCGAUCUCGUCCGAUCUAAUGCAAUCGUAUCUCGAUCAACUCGAUUCUGCGCUUUGCCCUCAAAAACUCAACCAUUCUCGCUUCUUUCAUCAUCAUCAAGGCCUCUGUACCUAACUCCUUUGAAUCAGCUAGGGUUUCGAUCUCUUAAGAAGAGGGAAGAUGAUUCGUUCAAGGCCGAGGCGUAUGAGGCCGAUCGAUCUGAGAGUUUUGCGAUCGACGAUGCUGAGGCGAGAUCCGCGGCGGCGCAGAAAGCCAAGAUCGGGGUUUAUUUUGCGACGUGGUGGGCCCUGAACGUGGUGUUCAACAUCUAUAAUAAGAAAGUGCUCAACGCUUUUCCUUACCCUUGGCUGACGUCGACGCUGUCGCUUGCUUGUGGAUCGUUGAUGAUGUUGAUCUCGUGGGCUCUGAGGAUCGCUGAGACGCCUAAGACUGAUUUUGACUUUUGGAAAGCUCUUGCUCCGGUGGCCGUGGCUCACACAAUUGGGCAUGUGGCGGCAACUGUGAGUAUGUCUAAGGUGGCGGUGUCAUUCACCCACAUCAUUAAGAGCGGAGAGCCAGCAUUCAGUGUUUUGGUUUCUAGGUUCUUGUUGGGAGAGACCUUCCCUGUUCAGGUUUACCUUUCAUUGUUGCCGAUCAUCGGAGGUUGUGCCUUAGCUGCGGUGACUGAACUCAACUUUAACAUGAUUGGUUUUAUGGGUGCCAUGAUAUCAAAUAUUGCAUUUGUAUUUAGAAACAUAUUCUCCAAGAAGGGGAUGAAAGGGAAGUCAGUUAGUGGGAUGAAUUAUUAUGCUUGCCUCUCUAUGCUGUCUCUAGUAAUUCUCACUCCAUUUGCAAUUGCUGUGGAGGGUCCCAAGAUGUGGGCAGCUGGUUGGGAUAAUGCAUUGUCACAGAUUGGUCCCCAGAUCAUCUGGUGGGUAGCAGCUCAGAGCAUUUUCUACCACUUGUACAACCAGGUCUCCUACAUGUCAUUAGACGAAAUCUCUCCAUUGACGUUUAGCAUUGGCAACACGAUGAAGCGGAUAUCAGUCAUUGUCUCAUCCAUUAUAAUCUUCCAUACGCCUGUCCAACCUGUAAACGCCCUUGGAGCAGCCAUCGCCAUCCUUGGCACCUUCCUUUACUCCCAGGCGAAGCAGUGAGAGAUGGGGAUCUCUAUCAAGUAGAGAACCAAUCUUGGAGGUCUAUAAUCUACGUACGUUAUUAACUCUAUGUAGCUGGUGUGGAAUACCAACGGCAAACUCAAUUUUGAGAAGGCUCAGUAGCAAGCAGCAGCUUCAUUUUGUUGUAGAUAUAAAGAAAGGAACAUGGGUUAAUUAGAAUAAUAAUCGUGGUUUUUACCAUGGUAGCAAACUUGCUUGCGACAGGAAAAGUGUAUCUUUAAGUUAUGGCCAGCUUAUAAUUUCUUUUUCUUUUCUUCCUACUGUUCUUUUUUAGUUCUCACAUAGAGUCAAUAAGAAUACAUGGACGGCUUCAGUUUUGGCACUGUCCUUGUCAUGAGGUGGAUCUGUAAACUCUUCUUGCUGUCAUUUUGCCAUUAUCUUGUGUGGUGAGACUGGGACCAUGCAGUAAAAAUUCUUGGCAGAUAUGUUUACUUUGUUUCCUUUGGA